AUGUCUCAGCUAUUAACAGUGGGUCUGAACCCAAACUUGCUAUUCUAUGCGUGGAGACUCCAGAACACUGAGGCGUGCAAUGUCACCGUUGUGGACCCCACAAUAGCGCCCAGCAGCCCGAUUCACUUCAAGCUGACCGUUUUUGGAGAUGUCUCGUUCACACCAAGCCUCACCGCCAACUCCGUCCAGCAUUUGCCCCAGCUGGCCACGUUCGACUAUGUCAUAUUGUCUGUGCCCAACUUGCAACAGUUCCUGGACGCUUGUACCCAGAUCAUGCCGUUACUUCGUAGUGACGCCUUGAUCGUGGUGGAGCUGACGGGAUACGUCAAUUUGGAGCCUUUUGUCGUGUCAAGCUUGCCCAAAAACAUAAGAGACGUGUCUGUUUGCCUGAUAAUGAACGAGAGCGACAUAAAACGUGCUCCAGGCUUUGAUUCGAAUGUUUGUUUCCAUCGUGCUUUGAGCCUGGACCUCCGCAUCUACUUGGGUGUGUCUUCGGGCGCCACAAGCAACCUAGUUCCUUCUAAAGAGUCUAAGACCUUUGCAAGGUUCUUCAAGAUGUGGCAGUUGGCUCAAGAGGAUUCAAAAGGCGCCAUCAGCUUGCUCAAAUCUACGAAUCCUCGUGAGUUUAUGACCUAUCAGUGGAAGCAAGCCUUGCCUCGACUCGUGUUGAACCCAUUGUCUGUGAUCUUUGAAGAACCUUAUCCUCAAGACCUUUCGAGGCAAAUAUUGGCCAAACCGUUGAUCACUGGACUUGUCAACGAGGUAUUCAAGAUCAUCAAAAAAAUGGACUGUAAGCUUGUCAAGGGCUUUGAAAACGAGACGAACUUGAUAAAGAACUGGCUGGCAUACUUCCCGUUGCCUGAGGAGAAGCAGGGCAACUAUCCACCAUACUAUGAGUCGAACACGUUGUUUUACGACUUCUAUCACCAACGUGAAAUCGAGGUGGACUUGCUUCUAUUGCAACCAAUCUUACUAGGUGACGACCAUGGAGUGAAGACCCCGUACUUGGAAAAUUUGUACUCCAUCUUGUGCCAACUCCUCAAGAUGAAUACUGAACAGGGCUCCGCGUUGUUUUUGAGGAAGCUCGACGGGUACGAUGCCAAAAGGAAUGAGCUUGAGGCCAUGACAAAAAAUUUGAAACAGCUCAGCAUGGAAAAGUACGAAUUUGAAAACACAUACGAACAACGCCUGAAACAAUUGCAAAAAGUGGAAUCCCAAAUAGAAACGCAGAACCAACUUUUGUCCCAGCUUUCGUCAGAGCAUGAGGCGAGGAAAAGAGAGUUCUCCUCAACCCAACAAUCCCACGAACUGAGAUUGGCUGACAUCAAUGCACAGUUGCAGGAUAAGGAAAUCGAGCUCCAACAAUUACUUCAGCAACUUGAACAGACGCGCUCUGAGGUUGCAGCACAAUCUAAGGCUUCACCUGGCGUUCCCGUCACCGUUCAAACAGAACAACCACGUGAACAAGAAUUGAAGAGAUCUGAACCUCAACAACAUGAGCAGGCUCACCACGGCGAUGCUGUUAAUAACACCCCUGAUUUGUCUGACCUUGCUGAUGUGGCCAUGUAUGGUGCCGCCUUGAAUGGAGAAACACCUCCGGCCCAAAAGGAAGCUCAAAGACGUUUGAGCGAACGCGAGUUAGAACUCCAAAGAAGGGAACAAGCUCUUCAAGAAAGGGAACAGCAGCUUGCAGCUCCACCGCAAAUUCACGCUCGCUCAAUGUCACAACCUUUGGAGGAAGUGCAAAGUUACAACAAUAGUAACGGCUCUAGUAAUGGCGGGGUCUAUAAUGGUGCCUACAACGCGCCUAACAUGAACGCUCCUAACAUGAACGAUCAAGCUAGAGAAAGUCAGGAAGGGUUCAAUAAUGACUACAGCAACGGCGCAUUUUACGAUGCCCAGAGCUAUCAGGGCCCACCUGCUCAGUUUUAUGGUAAUCCGCAACAAGGGCAGUACAUGGGUGCACCUCACGCAAGAAGCUCCCAAUCAUUUCCUUCGCUUAGCAAACCGCAACAACAAAACGGUCCAUAUGAGGGCUACGUUGAUCAGAGACCACCUCACGGGUUACCACCAAACGGCUUUCCCCAAAGCGCAUUACCAGCAACCUUACGUAACCCACAACGUUACCAGCAAAACGCCCCACCUCCGGGACCUAAUCAGCCUAAACACAGAAUGGGCUCAUAUCCUAAUCUCCAGAGACCUUAUCCUGACCAGAUGCAAGUACCACCCAUGGGCCACCAACAAAUGCCACAGGGCUCAAUGAUAAUGGGACAAAUGCCACCUCAGCAGAUGCCCCACGGGAUGAGUAUGGGAGGCCCCUCGGGAGUGCAAAGAAAGGCAAACCGUCGUUCAGCAUUCCCACAGAUGGAAGGUGGCACUCUAAACAUUGAUUACGGUGGGAGAGGUGGCAUGCCUAUGCCUGGAGCAGGCAACGCUCCCACCACCAAAGCGAAGCAUCGGUCAAUGAUGCCUGGACAAAUGAUGCAACCGCAGCAGCUGCCUCCCUUGGGUACACAGAGCCAGCAAUUGGGCCAGGCGCCACCGUUGGCGAAUCAGCAACUGCAGGGACAGUUAAACCAGGCUGGUAGAUCUUCCAACAACUUGCAACCGCAAAACCACCUUCGUCCACCUCAAGGAACCUCCAACUCAGGCUCCAUGACCCUGGCCAACUCUACGGAUCUGCCCAAGACGUCUACAUCGAAUGUUGAGCAGAAUAUAAGAAUCGAAGUGCCAUUGACAAAAAGCAAAGGUGUGCCGCCUGUGCCUGAUGGGGAGAAGAAAAAGAAAAAGAAAAAGGGUAUCUUCAAGUAA